AUGCCACAGUCGGAGCGCCAGUACGAGGUCGUUGUCUUCGGUGCCACCGGAUACACAGGAAAGUACGCGGCAGAGCACCUCACCACCAAUGCUCCCACCGACUUGAAAUGGGCCAUUGCUGGACGGUCUCAGCAGAAGCUGGAAAAGUUGGCCGGCGAGCUGCAUGCUUUGAAUCAAGAUCGCCAACAACCAGGAAUCGAGAUAGUAUCAUUGACCAAGGAUGACCUCGUGAAGCUCGUGAAGAAGACGAAAGUGCUCAUCAGUACAAAUAUAGGACCCUACCACCGCUACGGUACUCUUCCUUUCGAAGCUUGCGCAGAGAAUGGCACACAUUAUCUCGACUGCACCGGAGAAGUGCCAUGGGUCUACGACAUGGUGCAGAAGUAUGAGUCGACAGCAAAGCAAACUGGGGCCAUUAUGAUACCGCAAAACGGAGUAGAGAGCGCGCCCACUGACCUCAUGUGUUGGAUGCUCGCGACUCAUAUCCGCCGCGCGCUCUCGGUCGGAACUGCAGAGGUGGUUGAUAUCAUGUACGAUAUCAAGGGUAUCCCAUCGGGCGGAACUCUGGACACGCUCUUGACCUUGUUCGAGUCUUACAACCUUCGCCAGGUCGCAAAGAGCAUGUCGCCCUUCUCUUUAUGCAGCAUAUCCCCACCUCAGCAGAAGCGCCGAAAGCCUCUGUUGGAGAUCUUGACGGGUAUACGGAAUGACAGCGAUCUUGGCCUGCUCACGAGUUCGCUCCAGGGACCGACGGAUGCGCCAAUUGUGAAUCGGACGUGGAGUCUUCUUGACGGCGGCCGAUUCUAUGGCAAGAACUUCCAGCUCAGUCCAUAUAUGCGGGCUAAGGGUACGCUUCAUGCGUUGAUCGUCCACUUUGCUCUGACUUUCGGGGCACUUGCACUUAUCCUGCCACCAGUCCGUUGGAUCAUCAAGAGAUUUGUCUAUCAGCCGGGCGAAGGACCAACCCGAGAACAAGCUAAACGAGAAUACUGCGAAUGGCGCGCGAUUGCCAACGCAGACGUCACGGACCCUAACGAUCCAAAGAGAGCAUUUGGCCAGAUGAGAUGGGAAGGUAGUAUGUACCACUUGACGGCUGUUUUCCUGUGCGAGGCGGCAGUGACGAUAGCCCGCGACGAGACGGUAAUGCAUGGUCUUAAAGCGGGCGGAAUCCUCACCCCCGGGGCGCUUGCCAAUAGCUCGUCGUAUCUCGAGAGGCUGCAGAAGGCGGGCCUCCAAACAGAAGUCAAGUUUCUGCCGCAAUGA